UUCGAGGUCGGUCGCUUUGUCCGCGUGAGGUACUACAGAGUGCUUGAUUAAGGUCUGCUCAACGAAGGUGGGAGCUGAGGUCAAUCUAAAGAUGUCUCGUCUUCUACGGCCGUACCUGACUGCACUCCUGCUAGUCAACUCGGUAAUGGAACAACAUCCGAGUCCUACUAAUCCGGCCACCGAGGGCUUCAACACGUAUGGUAUCGAUGCCCGCUGCGCGAGCGUCUCUCUUCACAGGCCUGGAAUGAGAUGAGAUGGGCGUCAAGACCCUUUGAACAGUAUUCCACAUACUUCUCUCGUGUGGUCGCGGCUUC